CAUGUGGCGUUCAAUGCACGUGUGGGCAAAGGUGAAUGCGUGUUGGCUGAAUCUCUUCUUUCCGAGUGUUCGGAGGGGAGGGCACAUCACUGCGCGAGGGAGCCAAUCACGGGUUUGCUCUUUGGAUUUAUGCCAGCGCUCUUUAGCUUGUCAACUUUAGUCCAAGUGGCAAAGGCCAUUUAAAAAAAUCACUUUGACGACAGAGAGAGUGACAGCGGGACGAGAUGCCCUACACACCGUCUGGCUUCUUCUGUGACCGGCUGAUCCGGGAGCGAGAGAGGAGGGACGGGGAAGGCACUUUGAACAAGCCGCUGCGCUUCAACAACCAGGACUUCAGUGUCCUCCAGCAGGAAUGUCUCCACAGGAAGAGCCUCUUUGAGGACGAGUCCUUCCCGGCCAGCGUGGAGUCGCUGGGCUUCAAGGAGCUCGGGCACAAGUCCAACAAGGUCAAAAACAUCGUCUGGAAGAGACCCAAGGAAAUAAGCGAGAACCCUCAGUUCAUCGUUGGGGGGGCCAGUCGCACCGACAUCUGCCAGGGAGAUCUUGGUGAUUGCUGGUUGCUGGCCGCCAUCGCCUGCCUCACCCUCAACGAGAAGCUCCUCUACAGAGUGGUUCCUCCGGAGCAGAGCUUCUCACAGGAAUAUGCUGGGAUCUUCCACUUCCAGUUCUGGCGCUACGGCGACUGGGUGGAUGUGGUCAUCGACGACCGCAUCCCGACCUUCAACAACCAGCUGGUUUUCACCAAGUCGGCGGAGAGGAACGAGUUCUGGAGCGCCUUGCUGGAGAAGGCCUAUGCCAAGCUUCAUGGCUCUUACGAGGCCCUGAAGGGUGGAAACACCACGGAAGCCAUGGAGGACUUCACCGGAGGCGUCACUGAGUUCUACGAGCUGAAGGAGGCCCCCAAGGAGCUCUACAAGAUCAUGAAGAAGGCCCUGGAGAGAGGAUCCCUCAUGGGCUGCUCCAUUGAUUCCCUCGUCCCGGCUCGCUUUGAGACUCGAACCGCCACAGGCCUGGUGAAGGGUCACGCCUACUCGGUGACGGCAGUAGAAGAGUGUCGGCCCUCGCAGCACCGAGAGUCCAAAGUGCGUCUGGUGCGUCUCAGGAACCCUUGGGGCCAAGUGGAGUGGAACGGACCCUGGAGCGACAAUUCCAAGGAAUGGGCUGCACUGUCCAAGGCUGAGAAGGAGAAGCUCCAACACCAGAGUGCUGAGGACGGAGAGUUCUGGAUGUCCUUCGAGGACUUCAAAAAGAACUACACCAAGAUUGAGAUCUGCAACCUGACGCCUGACGCCCUGGAGGACGACAAGAUCCACAAAUGGACCGUGUCGGUGAAUGAAGGCCGCUGGGUGAGAGGCUGCUCCGCUGGAGGUUGCAGGAACUACCCUGACACUUUCUGGACCAACCCUCAGUACCGCCUUCGCUUGCUGGAAGAGGACGACGACCCAGAAGACAACGAAGUCGGCUGCACAUUUGUGGUGGCGCUGAUGCAAAAGAACAGGCGGAAAGAACGCAAGAUGGGCGCCAACCUGUUCACGAUCGGAUUUGCCAUCUAUGAGGUGCCAAAGGAGAUGCACGGCAACAAGCAGCACAUGCCCAAAGACUUCUUCCUCUUCAGCUCGUCCAAAGCCCGCUGCAAGUCCUACAUCAACCUCCGCGAGGUCACGCAGCGCUUCCGGCUGAGUCCCGGCGAGUACGUCAUCGUUCCCUCCACUUACGAGCCGCACCAGGAGGGCGAGUUCAUCCUGCGGGUCUUCUCUGAAAAGAGGAACACCUCAGAGGAGAUAGAGAACAGGAUUGAGGCCGACCAUCCUGUGCCAGCGCCGGCCUCAGCAGGCGAGGAGAGCGAGGACGACCAGCAGUUCAGGACGAUUUUUCAGGAGAUAGCCGGCGACGACAUGGAAAUCGCAGCCAACGAACUCCGGAACGUUCUCAACAGAGUGAUCACCAAACACAAGAGCCUGAGCACGGAGGGCUUCAGCCUGGAGAGCUGCAGGAGCAUGAUAGCUCUGAUGGACAUGGACGGGACGGGUCGACUGAACCUCCAGGAGUUCCGCCACCUGUGGAACAAAAUCAAACAAUGGCAGGGAAUCUUUAAGCACUACAACGCCGACCAGUCGGGCAGCAUCAACAGCUACGAGAUGAGGAACGCCGUCAACGACGCAGGGUUCCGCCUCAACAACCAGCUGUAUGACAUCAUCACCAUGCGCUACGCCAACGAGAGCAUGAACAUCGACUUCGACAGCUUCAUCAGCUGCCUGGUCCGCCUGGAGGCCAUGUUCAGAGCUUUCCAGGCCUUCGAUCAGGAUGGAGAUGGCACCAUCCGCCUCAGCGUCCUGGAGUGGCUCCAGCUCACCAUGUACGCCUAGAAGAGCGCCACCUUGCGCCACACGAGGACCAGACCUGCCAGACUUUACCUCAUGACUCAGUGUGCACCCCCCCCCCCACCGCAAAAAUCACUCUCUCGUCUUUUCCACGGAGGGAGACAGACGCACCCCCUUCCUUCCUGCCACCAGUGUACCGUACUCUCUUCUCUCUCAGGCAUCAAACACACAAAACGACCUCUUUUGACGUCUGUCACCAUACCUCACCAGCCUCCACGUCACACACACACACACACACACACACACACACACACACACACACACACAUGAACAGGACAUUAAACACACAUAAGGAGGUUCCAAUAUGGAUUUAUGAGAAUGUGGCGGCUAUAAGGUUGGACUGUGAUUUUUUUUCUGAUUAUUUAAGGCUUUGGUCGAAUGAGUGUAACGCAUUUUUAACCAUUUUAGCCCAAUAAAUAAAUACAUGUUUUAAGUUACAAACCUGGCUUUACCCUGCAAUUGAACCGCUGUCAUCUGUUCCAGGGUCAAACUGCGACCAUAUUAAAAAUAAUAAUAAUUAAAAAAAAAAAAUAUAUAUAUAUAUAUAUAUAUAUAUGUGUGUGUGUGUGUGUGA